CUUUUUUUUCUUCUUCUUCUUUAUUUCACUAUGCGUUUAAUUGUUCGACAGGAUUAUGAAGAAGUAUCUGCGUACUCUGCAUAUUACGUAAAAGAAAGAAUUAACCAAUUUAAACCAACAGCAGAACGACCUUUUGUGUUGGGUUUACCCACUGGAUCUUCACCUAUUGGUGUCUAUCAUAAACUAGUUGAAUUCUAUAAGGCAGGCGAAUUGAGUUUUGAACAUGUUGUGACAUUUAAUAUGGACGAAUAUGUGGGAUUACCAAGGGAUCACCCACAGUCCUAUUAUACAUUUAUGUGGAAUCAUUUGUUUAAGCAUGUCAAUAUCAAAAAAGAGAAUGUACACAUAUUGGAUGGUAAUGCAGAAGAUUUGGACAAUGAAUGUUCCAAGUUUGAAGCAGACAUUGUCAGACUAGGAGGCAUUGAAUUGUUUAUAGGCGGCAUUGGUCCUGAUGGUCAUAUUGCAUUCAAUGAGCCUGGAUCUUCAUUAACGUCACGUACAAGAGUAAAGACAUUAGCCUAUGAAACAAUCAUUGCUAAUGCACGAUUCUUUGGCGGGGAUGUUUCCAAGGUACCUAAAUUGGCAUUGACAGUUGGUGUAGCAACAGUGAUGGAUGCAAGGGAAGUGUGUGUGGUGAUUACAGGAGCACACAAAAGUCUAGCACUGGCUAAAUGUCUAGAGGAAGGAGUGAAUCAUAUGUGGACAGUAUCAGCAAUACAAAUGCAUCCAAAAGGUCUUAUUAUAUGUGAUGAAGAUGCUACUCUAGAACUUCAUGUUAAGACUGUACGCUACUUUAAAUCCAUUGAACAUGUUCACCAAUCAAUUAUUGGCCCUCAUAACCUCGGUUUACAAGGUAAUUUAUUGAGAAACAUGAUGGAUACCCAUCAAGCUGCGAAACGUCGACGACGAUUGAUGCUUCAGAGUCUAUUAAAUGAUGAUGAUGAAGAGUCUUAUUUUGACCAGGAUCCUGCUAGAAAAAGACAAAGAAGUGGCUCAUGAACAGAUCUCUAUCAUAAAAAACUGGCUUUGAAUGUUAUCCAGUCAGAAUAAAACGGGACUGCUUGCCUGUUUAGCACCCCCCCUGCUUUUCGUUUUUUUUUUUCAAUGAGCCUAUAAAAAGAAC